UCAGUGGUGAAAGGGAGCACUUUUUUCUUCUGACCAUCUCUGCUACAGCUCUCUCACACACACAGCCAUCAGGUUUUAUUACAGAGGUGAGAGAUCAUGAUGCGUGUUGUGUUGGUGAUGUUACUACUGGGAGGCGUGUUCGCUGCACCGUUCCUCAUCCCGGAGCACGCGAAGCGCUUUAUCCGUCAGAAGAGGCAGAUCAACCACUGGGACCCCAGUCACUCUCAGAAUGUUUGGGGUUACACGGUGCAGGAACAGGUUAAUGAGUACUGGACUGCGUUGAGGACAGAUAUACAGUAUUACAUGGACAUGGGGAACCUGGUGUUCAACCCCGCUGUGGCUGAUGAGAACUACAGGAUGUACAUGGAGAUGCUGAGAAACGAAAGAGCACAUCUCGACACGAUCACAGGAAGACAGCAAUAGAUCAGACAGAUCACCCUGAUCGGACAGUGACGGAUGGUUCAGUGACUGAUGGCUCUGCUGAUUCUGCGCAUGAUGGUGGAGCUGCUCUUUGUCGGAUGUGUUUCUAGUGUAGAAGUGCAGAAAUUCUAUGCAUCAGAGACUAAUAUAAGCUUAAUCAAUGCAUUAUUUUAUUCUGUUUUAUUCCCUAACACACCUGAGACCCUGGUUUACCUGACACACGUGUGUUAAGAGCUGGAACAGAUGAAAAUGGAUUGAGAUUCUCUGGCCUUUCAGUUAGGAAACGC